GCUGGGGUGGCAGUGCCUGCUAACAGGCCAGAGACUGCGCAGGACCCAGGGAAUGAGAGUGGUGGCAGGAAAGGGAAGGGGCCUUGUUGACUCACUCGCUGGGCAGCAAGUGCUUAGUGACAAGCAGUAAACAAAGACAGCGGCAACAGUGCUGGUGGCAGGGAGCUCCGCGGACAGACUUGCAAGAGACCCCUGCUCCUUGUUGGAAAGUUGUCCCAUGAUGAAGGCCUAGACCUGGUCACGGAGACUUUUGGAUGCAGCCUUUAACGAAGGACGCAGGCAUGAGCCUGUCCUCUGUGACGCUGGCCAGCGCCCUACAGGUCAGGGGUGAAGCUCUGUCUGAAGAGGAAAUCUGGUCCCUCCUCUUCCUGGCCGCUGAGCAGCUCCUGGAAGACCUCCGCAACGAUUCCUCGGACUAUGUGGUCUGCCCCUGGUCAGCCCUGCUUUCUGCGGCUGGAAGCCUUUCUUUCCAAGGCCGUGUUUCUCACAUAGAGGCUGCUCCUUUCAAGGCCCCUGAACUGCUACAGGGACAGAGUGAGGAUGAGCAGCCUGAUGCGUCUCAGAUGCAUGUCUAUUCUUUAGGAAUGACCCUCUACUGGUCAGCAGGGUUUCAUGUUCCGCCACAUCAGCCCCUGCAGCUCUGCGAGCCCCUGCGCUCCAUCCUGCUGACCAUGUGUGAAGACCAGCCUCACAGGCGGUGCACGUUGCAGUCGGUUCUGGAAGCUUGUCGGGUUCAUGAGAAAGAAGUGUCUGUCUACCCAGCCCCUGCUGGUCUCCACAUCAGAAGGCUGGUUGGCUUGGUUCUGGGUACCAUUUCUGAGGUGGAGAAAAGAGUUGUGGAGGAAAGUUCCUCUGUGCAGCAGAACAGAAGCUACCUGCUCAGGAAGAGGCUGCAUGGGACAAGCAGCGAGAGCCCAGCGGCACAGGCCCCGGAGUGUCUGCAUCCUUGCAGAGUUUCAGAAAGAAGCACGGAGACCCAGAGCUCACCAGAGCCCCAUUGGAGCACCUCGACACACAGUCACUGCAGCCUCCUUGUUAACCGUGCUCUUCCAGGAGCAGAUCCCCAGGACCAGCAGGAGGGCCGGAGGCUCAGCUCUGGAUCUGUGCACUCGGCAGCAGACAGCUCAUGGCCAACAACUCCUUCUCAAAGGGGUUUUCUGCAGAGAAGGAGCAAGUUUUCCAGGCCAGAGUUCAUCCUGUUGGCUGGAGAGGCCCCGAUGACACUACAUCUGCCGGGAUCGGUUGUGACCAAAAAAGGGAAAUCCUAUUUGGCUCUCAGGGACCUCUGUGUGGUCCUGCUGAACGGGCAGCACCUGGAGGUAAAAUGUGAUGUUGAAUCAACAGUGGGAGCUGUCUUCAAUGCCGUGACAUCCUUUGCCAACCUUGAGGAACUCACCUACUUUGGCUUGGCGUAUAUGAAAAGCAAAGAGUUCUUUUUCCUGGACAGUGAAACCAGAUUGUGCAAAAUAGCUCCUGAAGGCUGGAGAGAGCAGCCUCUGAAGACCUCCAUGAAUACCUUCACACUCUUCCUGAGGAUAAAGUUCUUUGUCAGCCACUAUGGGCUGCUCCAGCACAGCCUGACAAGGCACCAGUUUUACCUGCAGCUUCGGAAAGAUAUCCUGGAGGAGAGACUGUACUGCAAUGAAGAGAUACUGCUGCAGCUGGGGGUCCUUGCCUUGCAGGCUGAGUUUGGCAAUUACCCUAAGGAGCAGGUGGAGAGUAAGCCAUACUUUCACGUUGAAGAUUACAUCCCAGCGAGUCUGAUCGAGAGGAUGACCGCUCUACGGGUCCAGGUCGAAGUCUCAGAGAUGCACCGGCUCAGCUCUGCACUGUGGGGAGAGGAUGCUGAGCUGGAGUUCUUGAGGGUCACUCAGCAACUCCCAGAAUACGGUGUGCUGGUUCACCAAGUAUUCUCAGAGAAGAGGAGGCCAGAAGAGGAGAUGGCCCUGGGGAUCUGUGCCAAGGGUGUCAUAGUAUAUGAAGUGAAAAACAACAGCAGAAUUGCAAUGUUACGGUUUCAGUGGAGAGAAACCGGGAAGAUUUCUACUUAUCAAAAAAAGUUCACCAUCACAAGCAGUGUCACUGGGAAGAAGCACACAUUUGUCACAGAUUCAGCCAAGACCAGUAAAUACUUACUGGACCUCUGCUCAGCCCAGCAUGGGUUUAAUGCACAGAUGGGCUCUGGGCAGCCUUCCCAUGUUUUAUUUGACCAUGAUAAGUUUGUGCAAAUGGCCAAUUUGAGUCCUGCACACCAGGCCCAGUCUAAGCCUCUCAUUUGGAUUCAGAGAUUGUCCUGCUCAGAAAACGAGUUGUUUGCAUCCAGGCUUCAGGAUGCUGCAGGAGGCCUGUUGAGUACAUCAAUGGAUAACUUCAACAUGGACGGCAGCAAGGAGGCUGGAGCAGAAGGCAUCGGGCGCAGCCCCUGCACUGGCCGGGAGCAGCUGAAGAGUGCCUGUGUGAUCCAGAAGCCAAUGACCUGGGACUCUCUCUCUGGGCCACCUGUUCAGAGCAUGCAUGCAGGCUCAAAGAAUAAUAGGAGGAAGAGCUUUACAGCUGAACCGGGCCGAGAAAUCGUACGUGUGACACUGAAACGUGACCCACAUCGUGGUUUUGGUUUUGUCAUUAAUGAGGGAGAGUAUUCAGGCCAAGCUGACCCUGGCAUUUUUAUAUCUUCUAUUAUACCUGGAGGACCAGCAGAAAAAGCAAAAACGAUCAAACCAGGAGGGCAGAUACUAGCCCUGAAUCACAUCAGUCUGGAGGGCUUCACAUUCAACAUGGCUGUUAGGAUGAUCCAGAAUUCCCCUGACAACAUAGAAUUAAUUAUUUCUCAGUCAAAAGGUGUUGGUGGAAAUAACCCAGAUGAAGAAAAGAAUAGCACAGCCAAUUCUGGGGUCUCCUCUACAGACAUCCUGAGCUUCGGGUACCAGGGAAGUUUGUUGUCACACACACAAGACCAGGACAGAAAUACUGAAGAACUAGACAUGGCUGGGGUGCAGAGCUUAGUGCCCAGGCUGAGACAUCAGCUUUCCUUUCUGCCGUUAAAGGGUGCUGGUUCUUCUUGUCCUCCAUCACCUCCAGAAAUCAGUGCUGGUGAAAUCUACUUUGUGGAACUGGUUAAAGAAGAUGGGACACUUGGAUUCAGCGUAACUGGUGGCAUUAACACCAGUGUGCCAUAUGGUGGUAUCUAUGUGAAAUCCAUUGUUCCUGGAGGACCAGCUGCCAAGGAAGGGCAGAUCCUACAGGGUGACCGACUCCUGCAGGUGGAUGGAGUGAUUCUGUGCGGCCUCACCCACAAGCAGGCUGUGCAGUGCCUGAAGGGUCCUGGGCAGGUUGCAAGACUGGUCUUAGAGAGAAGAGUCCCCAGGAGUACACAGCAGUGUCCUUCUGCUAAUGACAGCAUGGGAGAUGAACGCACGGCUGUUUCCUUGGUAACAGCCUUGCCUGGCAGGCCUUUGAGCUGUGUCUCGGUGACAGAUGGUCCUAAGUUUGAAGUCAAACUAAAAAAGAAUGCCAAUGGUUUGGGAUUCAGUUUCGUGCAGAUGGAGAAAGAGAGCUGCAGCCAUCUCAAAAGUGAUCUUGUGAGGAUUAAGAGGCUCUUUCCGGGGCAGCCAGCUGAGGAGAAUGGGGCCAUUGCAGCUGGUGACAUUAUCCUGGCCGUGAAUGGAAGGUCCACGGAAGGCCUCAUCUUCCAGGAGGUGCUGCAUUUACUGAGAGGGGCCCCACAGGAAGUCACGCUCCUCCUUUGCCGACCCCCUCCAGGUGCGCUGCCUGAGAUGGAGCAGGAAUGGCAGACACCUGAACUCUCAGCUGACAAAGAAUUCACCAGGGCAACAUGUACUGACUCAUGUACCAGCCCCAUCCUGGAUCAAGAGGACAGCUGGAGGGACAGUGCCUCCCCAGAUGCAGGGGAAGGCCUGGGUCUCAGGCCAGAGUCUUCCCAAAAGGCCAUCAGAGAGGCACAAUGGGGCCAAAACAGAGAGAGACCUUGGGCCAGUUCCUUGACACAUUCUCCUGAGUCCCACCCUCAUUUAUGCAAACUUCACCAAGAAAGGGAUGAAUCAACAUUGGCGACCUCUUUGGAAAAGGAUGUGAGGCAAAACUGCUAUUCAGUUUGUGAUAUCAUGAGACUUGGAAGCACAUAUCAUUAAACUCAUAUAUUCCUUCUCAUCUCCUCUAACCAGACUUUCGACAGAUAUUUUCUGAGCACCUUCUCUGCAUGUCUGCAGUGCUGUGUAAAAUGCCCUACCUUUGCAUGGACUAUUCUUUCUAAUCAAGAGGCGUGUGUGGCGAACUUGGGGCAGCCCCUGGAAGUCUUGUUCUUUGACCAUUACGUCUGCGGCUGCAUCACCAGAUAAUGAGCUUCACCACUCGUCUGCCUCCUGUGUCCUUCCGCGGGGAGUAAAUGUCACUUCAGCUUGCCGCCUCUCUAAAUAGGCAAAUUUUCAGUGCUCAGAAAAGGACCUGAUCUUUGCACAAAGUGCUUUGAUGGUUGCCUGCUUGAGUCACUCCCAAUCCUUUCCUGAAGCCCUUUCUUUAUAAUUCUUCUGUUGAAAUAGCCAUCAUAAUCACAGUACUAAUCACAGCAUCUCACAUUUACUAAAAACUUACCCCAUACCAGGAACCCAGAGUUGGGGGGGCUGUGUCAGAAUUAUGUAAUUUACGUGUCCCAAUAAUCCUAGAUGCUUCUUGACCAUCUAGUUUUGUCAAAUGAGAAAACUGAGGUUCCAAAGAAGUCAAUAAACUUGUCCAAAGUCUGACCGA